GGAAAAUGUAAAUUGAACAACAUAUUAAUAUGAAAAUUUUAAGUUACUUGCAGCAAAUAUCUCCAAAUUGUAGUUUUUAUAUUCACGGAAAUUAGUAGCGGAUUUCUAAGAGAUAGGAGCAACUGGACGAGAAUAAUUCCAACACGGAACAGAGAUUACCCAGUUGUAUUCCAAAAACAGAAACAUGGAAACGUUACCAGUUACUUUAAUAGUGAAAGCACCCAACCAGCAAAUUGAAGAUCAAACUAUCAAGUGUGAGUUGUCUUGGACUAUAAACAAACUGAAACAACACUUGUCUGAAGUCUAUCCCAGCAAACCACCAAAACAUGAACAGAAGCUCAUCUAUUCCGGACAACUGCUAAGCGACUCUCUCAUCCUCAAAGAUAUCCUACGACAAUACGAGGGCCAGGAAACGCACACUGUACAUCUGGUAUGCACACCCAAGUUCACAAAAGCAUAUCAGGCACAAGCCAAUACAGAAACCACCACUAGUGAACAGACAACCCACCCAACUGAAGGCUCUAACAGUAAUGAUACUGAAACAGAUCAAGGAGUUCCUAACAUGCACAACAUUCCCAACAUUGGCAAUAUGGGAUUUAUAAAUCCAGGCAUGGAUCCCAAUCAGUUCGCCACACAAGUUGCUAUGAUGCAGCAGGCAUACAUUCAGUAUAUGACGCAAUAUAUGCACAUUGCUGCUCAGUCAUACUCAAAUGGUGUGCCAGUGGCACCACAACAACAGGGAAACACACCAGAUCAAGAGCAACAACAGAAUGCCCAAGCACCCCCACCACAAGCAGUUCCUGCACAAAGAGAUCCAGACAAUCCAGAGAGGGACUGGUUGGAUGUAUUUUACUUCAUCAGCAGGGCUCUGGUGCUUUCCAGUGUUGUUUACUUUUACUCCAGUCCACUACGUUUUAUUUUCGUUUUGUUGUUGGCCAUUGGAUUAUAUUUAUAUCAAAUUGGGUUUUUCAGAAACAUUAAUAACAACAACAACAACAACAAUAACGUUCCUACUGAUCAGGCCAGACAGGAAGAUCAGGCACCUUCUAGGCUAAUGGUCGUGUGGACCUUUUUUGCGACAUUUUUCGCUUCAUUGAUACCAGAAAUACCAAAUGCAGUUUAAUUGCGAACAUUUCAUGAAACUGCAAUGCUCACAUUUAAUCAAAUGAAAAUUAUAGUUAUCUGAUCAACAUCAUUAAAUACCAAUUUUUCUAAUGAAAAUUGUGUUACCAGUGCACACCUUCCAAUUGUAUAAAAAUCAUUUCAUGAAAUGUGUACAUUUUGACCAUAUUUAUUAACAUGACUAUGUAUUAGUAUUAUGUAAGUCUGGCCUGAUUAGAAAUUUAUACUGUUGAAUUUUAAUGGUUUUGUGGGUUUGGUUUAAAGUACCUGAAAAUUUCUAAAUUACAGUCUCCCAUAUUCUGACACAUCAGAUCUGUAAAUUGUAUGUAGAAACCAAAUUAAAAUGUUUAAAGUUAUAUUUACUUGAAUGAAUAGCUUUGUAUAUACUUUAUUAGCUUUAGAAACAUAUGUGAUUUAAAUUAUAAGUACAUGGAUUACUAAA